AUGUUAUCUCCUUAUUUCUCACAAAGCGAUUCCCUUUAUGAAAGUUAUGGUCAUUUAACGUUUAACAAGAAUGGAGAUGAAGAUUUUGACCGUUUAAGAGAGGGAUCUAGUCGUACUUAUCUUGAUCAAGAAGAGAAUGAUAUGGACGAAAGCCUGUUGCCUAAUUUACCUCAAGACUCCGGAUUUGAUUAUGUGAAUGACAAAGUGAGAGGUGUCAAUAUCGGAAAUUGGUUGUUAUUCGAGUUAUGGAUGGAUAGCAACUUAUCCAAUGCACUCAAUAGCCAUUUAGUCAAUGCUCCCUACCCUAAUGCGAUUAUCGAUGAAUGGACUGCGGGUCUAUACUCUGAUUAUAAUCAUGCUUCCCAUGUUUUACGAAAACAUUUUGAUACUUGGUUCACAGAACAAGAUGUCAUCGAUAUCAAGAACGCAGGCUUGAAUCACAUCCGUCUGCCUUUCCCUUAUUGGGCCUUUGCUCAAGCCAAAGGACCAUCUGCACCUUAUCUGACAUUGAACAGAUUUGAUAAACUGAUCGAAGCAUGUGGAUGGGCAAGAACACAUGGAAUAAAAGUCUGGGUUGAUAUUCAUGGUGUUCCAGGGUCUCAAAAUGGCUUCGAUAACAGCGGCAGGAGUGGUCCUAUCCACUGGCCCAACAAACCUUUAUACUAUACGAAUACUCAGUACACCUUCAACCGUCUUGCAACGCUUUUCUCCCAACCGGAAUGGAAAGGAACCGUGACAGCGGUUGAGGCGGUUAACGAGCCGUUGGCAACCAAUUCUGAUGCAGUGAAGCAACUGAUUCUCAAAUAUUAUCCGUGGGCACGAAAUGCAGCAGCAAGACCACCAAAUUCGACAGAUUACACCUCCCUCCUCAUGGUCAUGCACGACGGUUUCUUAGGUCCAGCUUAUUGGGAGAACUUCUUCGACGAAAGAGCUUCUCAUCGUGUGUUGUUGGAUACACAUCAAUACUUUGUCUAUACCGCUGCAGAAAAGAAGAUGAAAGAUUCAGGUCGUUUACGUUUAAUGUGCGCAAUGCAAGACGUGUUUACCAAAAGUCAAAAUUAUUAUCCGACGAUUGCAGGUGAAUGGUCUGUAAGCGGCCCAAACGGAGAUCGUAGUUCCGAUCGUGAUUUACCACAAGGUCCUGUAAGCUUCCCACCCGGACCAAAUUAUCCUUAUAGUGAAGGAUAUAUGAACUUUAUGAGUUAUGGUUAUAAUAUCCAAAGAGCAACUUAUGAAAAAGGUUCCGGUUGGAUCUUUUGGGCCUGGAAGAAUGCAAAUGCACUUGACUGGAGUUAUCAAGCCGGCUUACAGUACGGUUGGAUUCCAAAAGAUGCUGGAGCUCCAUCUCCAUUUGGUGAUGAUCCAUGUGCCAAUUACCGUUGA